AUGUCAGUCAUCAUUGCUUUAUUUUUAACAACUUCAUCACAAUCUUCACUUUGCUUUUUAUUCAAUCCCUUAGCCAAUAGCACACAACAAGUUGAAGGUUUUAACAAAAAAGAUCAUAAUAGUAUUAAAGCAAAUUCUUCUUUGACAACUUUAGUUAAAGAAAUUCAAGAUAUGCUUGAUAGAAAAGCUAAAUAUACUCAAGUAGAGGAAUAUAAACAUCAAAUAUUAACUGUUGGGCUUGCUACUACACCAAAA